UUAGGGCUAUUAUUAGCAGACUUUCAAAUUAAGUGACCUAAAUCCCAAAUGAUUUUUUGUCGAAGUAAAAUCAACACUUGUUAAUUUCGACAACUGCUGUACCAAAUUUCCCUUCAGAGCAAACUUCGUUGCUUUUCCUCAUCGAAAGUGGUAAUUUCGACCUUUUCAGCAACGUAAUUCUGCAUUAAUUCAUUACAUAUAUGCUUAAUCUAUACGUAUAUGUUUGUGAAUUUUUUUUUGUUUCUGCUUAGAAUAUUCGAUUUUUGAGCUGCUAAACGCAGAAACAUCGUAUUCAAGCUUUCAGCAGCUAUGGUUAUGGCUUUAACAAUUUCUAGAAAUAACCGAUUUUUGAACCCUAGCUUCCAUUUUCGAUCAGGGGUAAUCCUAUUAACCCAUUUUCUAACUCCAGCACCACACUUUAACCAUUUCUCCACUUCAGCAAACCAAGAAUCAAACAUUGUAGAAACCAGAAUUGAAUCUCUGUGUCAAAAACCUAACUCCAUUGUCAAUUUAAGGAAAGCUGUAUCGUUUUUCGAGGAAACCGUAGACACGGGCCUCGUCCCUUCGGGGCCCACGAGCGAUCUCCUUUUGCAAACUCUUGCCAAGAACAAAGAGUACACAAUGGCUUUUGCUGUUUACAAGAAAAUGACCGCAGCUGGUGCUUCACCUAGGUAUUUGUCGUUAUCCGCUUUGGUCGAUUGCUUGGUGCAUUUCUCUGCUCCCCAAUUGGCUCUAGGGGUAAUUGGGUUGAUUUUGAAGCACGGGUAUAGCGUUAACGUGUAUGUUGCGAAUGUCGUGUUGAAUGGUUUUUGUUGUAGUGGAUUUGCCGCUAAGGCCGAGGUGUUCUUGGAUGAAAUGAGUAGAAAUUCGGUGUCUGCGGAUAUAGUUAGUUUCAAUACGUUGAUAAAAGGAUUUUGCCGGGAGAGGAAAUUAGACAGAGCUGUGAGUGUGAAGAAAAGGAUGGAAUGUGCAAAUAUAUCUCCAAAUUUGAUUACGUAUAGUGUUCUGAUCGAUGCUCAUUUUACGGAGGUUCAAGUGGAUAAAGCAAUGGGGUUGUUGGAUGAAAUGAAAACGAAGGGAUUGGAGCCAGAUGUUUUCUUGUACAACACUCUUAUAAAUGGUUUCUGUAGUAAAGGAGAUGUCGACAGAUCGAAGGAACUUUUGAAUGAGAUGUUGGGCAAAGGUAUUUCUCCGGAUAUAGUUACUUACUCGUGUUUGAUGCGUGGUCAUUGCAAGAAGGGAAAUUUGAAAGAAGUGAAACGAUUGUUCAAUGAUAUGAUAAAAGAAGGGAUUCGCCCCGACGUUGUCACGUUUACGGGCAUGAUUGGCGGGAUUUUUCAAUUUGGUAAGGCUGAAAAAGCCGUUGAAUUAUUUAAUUUCAUGUUGAAAAAGGGCGAAGAGCCUACUAAUAUAACGUACAAUGUCCUUAUUGACGGAUUGUGCAAGGCGGGACUUUCUGAUGAAGCUUUCAAGAUUCUUGAAAUCAUGGUGAAGAAGGAUCAAAAACCCGAUAUUGUAACUUAUAAUACUUUACUGAGAGGAUUAUUUGAUCUUGGAAAAGCUGACAUCGCUGAAAAACUUUUCGAUUCAAUGAUGUCGAAUAAGAAACACGUGGAGCCCGAUUCGUAUACUGUUAGUACGGUUGUCCAAGGAAUGGGCAGCAAAGGCCUUCUUGAAAAAGCGGAAAAAAUUAACCGUGAGAUGUCUAAACAGAAGAAACCAACGGAUGUUGCACCGUACACGGUGCUAAUCGGAGCUUAUCUGAAAAUAGGAAAUGUCACGAAAGCUAUGAACUUGUGGAGGGAGUUUAUAGAUCUGGGGCUCGUUCCGGAUUCAAGAUCUUAUAGUGCUUUUAUAGACGGUCUAUGCAGAUGCGGCUUAAUAAACGUCGCGAAAGGUGUUUUCACUAAAAUGAGAAAAUGUGGUCCUAUUCCCACAUCGUACGACUACAGCAUAUUGAUGGCUGCCUUGUGCAAGGAGAGUAGUUUAGAGCAAGCGCGAGCUUUAUUUACAGAUAUGCUCGAGGGAGGCUGUGCCCCCGAUGUAGCCUCGUACAACAUUAUCAUCGAAUCCACCAUUAAAGCAGGGGACAUUCAGUCUGCAAACGAGUUACUGGCCGAUAUGCAGAGCAGGGGUCUUCAUCCAGAUUCCUGGACUUUUUCGAUGCUGAUUAAUAGGUUCUCGAAAUUAGGGCUUAUGGACGAGGCUACAAGUUUCUUCAAAAGAAUGAAGGAAUUUGGUUUUCCGGUGGAUAUUUUUGUUUACGAUUCUUUACUCAAAGGGUUUAGGGCGGAUGGAAAAUCGGAUGAGAUAAUCGAUUUGCUACACGAAAUGGCUGCCUCGGGGGUUGUUCUUGAUUCUGAAAUUACUUCUACUAUCUUAACGUGUUUGUGUGAUGUAUCCGAAGGCUGUGAUGUUGUAAAGCUUAUACCGAAAUUUACGCAAGAGAAAUUAGAAGGAAGUAGCAUUCCGUGUGACGAGCUGUUACGGAGGCUCGAGAAUAUAGUUCCCACUCUUCGAACCUCCCCUCAAUCAGUACAAGUAUAGAUGUACAAGUAUAGAAAGGCAUCGGAAUACGAACAUUCUUCGAUAGCGGCCACAUGGCAGCCUCUUACAAAGAGAGAGGAAUGGGCCAGAACUUUUGAAGGAAUUCUUCGAAUACUCAGCCACCCAAGAACUGAUUGCCCUGAAUAACUUCCAAAUCCGGAGAAAAUCAGGGAGAGAGAAGCAAAUGAAGAUGUACUAAGUUGAGUUUUAUGUGAAUAGUUGUUCUUUCAUCAACGGCGAUCUUUACCCGUCCUUGGUGGAAUUGUAUUGUCUGCAACAACACAUGAAAAUCCAUAAAAUUCCAGGUGCGAGGGGGUUGCCACAAAAUUGUAAAGCAGCGAGAGCUUUCUUGAUACUAAG